AUGGUAUGCUAAUGUUCCGUUGGCUGGGAACGGAGUCAAGUCUGUCUGUCCCGGUCUGUCCGGGCCUAUGUGUUCAGCUUGGAACCCAAGAUGGAGGACAGGGGAAGGCAAAACAUGGAUCUUUACUGAGUUUUUCGUCGCUUUUUAGUAUUCCACUGGAGUUUUUACCGUACUUAUGGCGGAACUUUUAGAAGAUGAACAUGCCUAGAAAGGGGAAUGGCCAGCUGCCGUUACCCGACGGCUGGGAAGAAGCAAGGGACUUUGACGGCAAAGUGUUUUAUAUCGACCACAACACUAAACAAACAAGCUGGAUAGACCCGAGGGACAGGUUGACGAAGCCCCUGUCGUUUGCGGACUGUGUGGGAGACGAGUUACCGUGGGGAUGGGAGGCCUCAUACGACCCUCAGAUUGGCAUCUACUACAUCGACCACAUCGACAAGAGUACCCAGCUAGAGGACCCCCGGGCGGAGUGGAGGAAGGAGCAGGAGAGGAUGUUGAAGGAGUACCUGACAGUAGCCCAGGAUGCCCUGGUCACCCAGAAAGAGCUGUACCAGGUCAAAGAGCAGCGGCUGGCCUUGGCCCUGGAUCAGUACACAUGUCUCAACGACGCAUACAAGGACAAGUCCAGCUCACGCACCAGCCUGUUCUCGGGGUCUUCGUCCAGCACUAAGUAUGACCCUGACAUCCUCAAGGCUGAGAUCUCCACCACCAAAGUCAGGGUGAAUAUGCUGAAGAGAGAGCUCUCCCAGAUGAAACAGGAGCUCAUCUACAAAGAACAAGGCUUUGAAACCUUGCAGCAGAUCGACCAAAAACUGUGUGGCGAGCAGAGUGGAUACCGUCUGAAGGAGGCCAAGGCCAUCGUGACGGAGCUCAAGUCUCUCCGCAGGGCCAUCAGCUCUGGAGAGAAGGAGAAACAGGACCUCAUGCAGUCUCUGGCUAAGCUAAAGGAGAGGUUCCACACGGAACACAACAUGGGCCGUUCGGAACCAGACCUCCGGAACCCAGUGGGCUCCAGACAGACGCUAGAAGCCGGCUCCCAGACAGACGUCUCUGGAGAGGCUGGUUUGAGGAGCAGGUCAUUCUUGGCUGAGAAGGUUAGACUUAGUCUCCAAUAUGAAGAGGCCAAAAGAAGUAUGGCCAACGUGCAGGUGGAGCUGGCCAAGCUGGAGAGCGAGGCGUGGCCGGGGGCGGUGGACGUGGAGCGGGAACGUCUCCUCCUGGUCUCGGAGAAGGAGGAGCUCCUCAAGGAGCUGCAGUUCGUGUCGCCACGGCGACGCACCCCGCAGGAUCUCCAACGUCUGGAGGCCCAGAGGCUGCAGCUGGAGCAAGACCUGCAGGCCGUCAGGAACACCCCCAGCCACGCCCUGGCCCAGAGAUUGAAGGUGCAGGAGAGGAGACGAGUCCUGGUACAGAAACUGGAGGAAUCAACCAGACUGACCACACUGCUCCACUCUCAGCUCAAGAGUUUGUCGGCCAGUACCCUGUCCGUCUCAUCAGGCAGCAGCCUGGGUUCUCUGGCCUCCAGCCGUGGCUCCCUCAACACAUCCUCCUCCCGCGGCUCCCUCAACUCCCUCUCCUCCGGAGACCUCUACUACACCCCUGCAGAACCCCCCUCAUACAUCCGGGUGGCUCUUCUCCCGUCUUCCAGUGACAUCAGCAGUCUAUUCAGGACCCGCGUGGUGCCCGUGGCGCCUCCCGACAGCGUGACGUUCAACGAGGUGUUCAGGGCGGCCGCGCCGCACGCUGUCCUCCGGCACAAGACGCUCCGCGUCGACGCCUGCGCCGUGGGUCCCGGACGCACCGAGGACUGCCUGGCUGGAGCCCAUGUGAGUCUGGGAGAGCUUCCAGUGAGUGGGGAUAUGACCAGUGUGUGGUACAACCUGUUGACCAGUGAGAGGAGCAGAGAGAUAGAAGAGGCCAGCCAGGAGAGACCCGGCCCUGGGMCAGAGCAGCACCCUGCRGGGCCCGUGGACAUGGAUGCGGUGUCGGCCCUGCUGCAGAGGACCUCCAGCGAGUUGGAGGCUGUGGAACAGGAGCUGGCCUUGGAGGAGAAGGAGAGAGCGAGCCAGCUGGACAUGGACGGACACCAAUGGCUGAGCAUGCUGGGAGAGGACAGCGCUCAACUGGUUCUCGGACUGGAGGAGGAAGAAGAGGGGGAGGAGGAGAGGAAAGAUUCUGUCAAGGCAGAGACGAAGUUUGCUGGCUCUGGGCAGGCGUACGGAGGGGAAGAGCGGGAGGAGUGUCGAGGAGAGCCAGCCAGAGAGGAAGAGGAGGAGAGGAGAUGUAAAGAGAGACUCCCUCAGGCAAAUGAAGGACCAACGCUGGUGGAUGCGGAGACGAACACAGAGAUGUGUGGUGUGGCGGUGAGGCCUAAAGACAGACCCAGCCUGGGACCAGGACCACGCAGCGCUCAGAGAGGCUUCGUACGGAACAGUAUGAUCAUGAGGUCUCAAACCUUCUCCCCUGGGGAGCGCAACCAGUACAUCUGCAGGUUGAACCGGAGCGAUAGCGACAGCUCCACAUUAUCCAAAAAGUGCCCGUUUGUCCGGAACACCUCGGAGAGACGCAGCCUAAGGGUUAAGAGGACCCUGUGCCAGCCGGUGGUGGUGCGGAGGCGUGGCGGAGCCGGGGAGACAAACACCCGGACCUCCCUGGACUUGGAGCUGGCCCUCCAGGCUUCGCGAACGCGUCAGAGCCGUCUGAACGACGAGCUCCAGGCCCUGAGGGACCUGAGGGCCCACCUGGAGGCCCUGAAGGCCCGGGGAGAGACGGAGCUGCCUGGGUCCGUGCUGCACGACCACAGGUUUCACAGGCUGCUGGAGCAGGCCGAGAGACAGGCGGAGCAGUCUAAGGAGCAGCAGCGUCAGGAGCAGCGGGCUGAGAAGCUGAUGAGGAGGGCCUCCAAAGACGUGUGUCGGCUAAGAGAGCAGAGUCAGAAGGUCCCCCUGCAGGUCCAGUCUUUCAGGGAGAAGAUGGCCUACUUCACACGAGCGAAGAUCAAUAUACCAUCCCUACCGGCUGAUGAUGUAUGAUUACAUAGUGACACAAUGAAGUAUUUUUCAAACUUUUUAUAGCAGAGUAUUUUAAUAGUGUAGUUACUUUGAAUGAAAACAAUCGAAUAGUUUGUACACCACAGUUUAUGCAUUUGUAUAAUAAGUUGUAAUUGAAUAAUAUCUUGUAAAAAAAAAAGAAAGAAAAAAAAGAAACUAAAUAAUGGCUUUCUUGUAUCAGGAGAAAACCCAAAAUAGAGUUGUUUUGGUACUUGUAUUCUGCUCGUGAUUUUUCUGUACAGUUUUAUAAGGUGUGUUGGAGAGUGGUGUGUGUGUGUGGAGGAGGAGAGAGUUUGUGUGUUUGUCGCCCUCUGGUGUCCUGUGGUGGAACUGCACCACAGGGCAGGGUGCGGGGUAGAUUGAGUGAGUCUCACUCCCAGACCCAAAUCAACCCCAAUCCCCUAUGCACUUAUGGAGAUCUAACAGGAUUGGAUACGUGUAAGUUAUAUGGUAAUAACGACACUGCCUUCUGCUAGUCUAGAUGGCAUGUUCACUGUGUUUCUUCCAUGUAUCCAAUCCUCUGAUCUCCAGAGGUGUAUAGUGGGUAGGAGCUAGGGGUUGAUUUGGUAUUGGGCAUCAGUGUUAGCUAAGUGUGCGUAUGUGAGAGAGAGAAGGCGACCUACUACAGUAUAUCAUAUAUAAUGUCUUCUGUCCAAAGCUGGUGCUCUGCUCUUUUUUUCUCUCUCAUACCAGAACAAAAACAAACAUACGCCUUGUGAAUGUAAUGUAACCGCUUUUCCACUUCUAUCUAUCUCUGCGAUACUGCACUGAUACUGUUCUGUGGCUUCAUGCUUUUUCACACCUACAUGCCGCAACGCUAAUUAUUACUGCGUUCGCUGGGCUCUAGUCUCAAUUUUAAAGUUAAAUGUUUUGUCAGUUAUUAGCCUGGUCCAGGAUAUGUUUUUGCACAAACUGAUCUGGGACCAGGCUAUUUUGUAGUUCACUCUGCAACUUCAUUUGUAAGAUUGGUUUUCCUUUCCCACCUGUUUCCCAACUGUUGAAGUAUUUAUUCAAAGGAUGAACAUAAAACCUCUGUGUUAAUGCCUUUUGUUACAGAUAGGUUCUCUGGAUUAGAGCAAAGACAAUGCAGGAAACAUACUGGAC